UAAUAUCUUACCUAAGCAACAGCAGUUGCAUUGGGCGAGCUUGGACGACACUGACAGCCUCUUGUUCGCAGUGCACGGACCCCCACCACGCGCUGCAGCGAACGCGACGCGUUCUCAACCUCUUGAAGGUCCCGCUGUAACGACGAAAAGGCGUGCAUAUUCCUUGUGGAUUUUGGUCUUUCAAAUCACCCUCUUUCUCAGAAGAAUCUUUGACGGAAAGCGAUUUACCCAGUCCAUUUACACCUUGGCUUGGGCGAAAUGGCGCCCACGACCUCGCUGAAAAGAGCUGCCCCAGAUGAUGCUGACGACUACAGCUUCCUACGACGAAGAGGGGGAGAUGGGCCACGGGCUUAUCACGAUAAUGACACUACCGCGAACGAAUCAGCAAGUACAUUUCAACCGGGUGCAAUUGUGCGAGUGAAAUUACGCAACUUCGUUACCUAUUCCGAAGCCGAAUUCUCUCUCGGGCCUAACUUGAAUAUGGUUAUUGGGCCAAACGGCACAGGGAAAAGUUCGCUGGUCUGUGCCAUUUGCUUGGGACUUGGUUAUCCACCGAACGUACUGGGGAGGGCGAGUGCUUUUGGCGACUUCGUCAAGCACGGCAACGAUGAGGCGGAACUCGAGGUUGAGCUACAGCGGAAGGCUGAAGAUGCCGAGAACUAUGUCAUUGGGCUUGUCAUCAGGCGCGAGGAUAAUAGUCGGAAGUUCACUAUCAAUGGAAGCCGUUCCACCCUCAAGGAUGUUCAGAAGCUUAUGCGGAGCCUUCGUAUCCAGAUCGACAACCUAUGUCAGUUCCUACCACAGGACAAGGUGGCGGAGUUUGCUGGGUUGACUCCGGUAGAGCUGUUGGAGAAGACUCUGCAUGCCGCCGCGCCACAGGAUAUGAUUGUGUGGCAGCAGGAAUUGAAACAGGGAUUCAAGGAGCAAAAGGAAGUGCAAUCCAUCACGGACAAGACUCGCGAGGACGUCAAGAGGAUGGAGGACAAACAGCGGCUUCUGCAGGCGGAUGUCGACAAACUUCGCGAGAGAAAGGCUAUCCAGGAAGCGCUGAUCAAACUGAAGCAACUUCGACUGAUCGCUCAAUAUCAGGAGGCCAGGGAACACUUUAACGAUGCCAGAAUGCGCAAGAAAGAGUCACAGCGCGCCUAUAAGAGGCUCGAAAGAAGCGUCGCGCCAGCCCUCGAAGCCGUCAAUAGAAAGCAGGAUUAUUCUCGCAAAGUUAGAGGCGUCGUAACUCUUCGGCGACGAGAAUUGGAGCAGGCUGUAGCCGAGGCCGACAAAGCGCUGGGUCCGGUGGAAUCAGCAAGUGGGAAAAUGACGCAGAUCGAAAACGCGAUUCGGACGGAGGAAGAAAAUUUCAAGGACAAGAGGAAGCGGAUGGGUGCUUUGAGGAAGGAGAUCACCGAUCUGAAGGCAAAGUAUGCACAAGAGCCCAAGGAAUUCAAGGCUGGUGAAUGGAACCUCCAGAUUCGAGAGCUAGACCACCAGAAGCGCGAGAAGCAGCAGAAGGCCUUGGAUCUUGUCCCAGAACGUGACGCUAUCAAGACGGAGGGAUAUGGUUUGAGGCAACAGAAGAUGGCAUUGGUGCAGGAACUGGAGGCCCUGGACUCGCAAGAGGGCCAACUUCUCAACCAGCUCAAGAACAUGAACCCUGAUGCAGCAGCGGGCUGGGCCUGGCUCAAAGACAACCAAGGAGGGUUCGAAAAGGAAGUCUUUGGGCCUCCCAUGCUAACGUGCUCCGUUAAAGACAAGCGCUACAAGGACUUGGUCCAGUCCAUGCUCCAGGGAUCUGAUUUCUUUUGUUUCACGACACAGACCAGAGCGGACCACAAAAAGCUGAGCGACCAGCUGUAUGGGACUUUGGGCCUUUCCGUUACUGUUCGGACUUGCUUUAGCUCAUUGGAUUCCUUCAAGCCACCUAUGCCUCAGGAGCAGCUUUCACGGUAUGGCUUCGAUGGCUAUGUUCUCGAUUUCCUCGACGGACCCGCUCCCGUGCUGGCCAUGCUUUGCGCAGAGAAAAGACUACAUCAGUCUGCCCUUAGCUUGAAGGAGAUUUCCGAUGACCAGUUCGAGCAAAUCCAAAAGGACGAGCUCAUCAACUACUUUUCUGCUGGUCGCAAGUUUUAUCGUAUCAUGCGCCGGAGAGAGUAUGGGCCGGGGGCGGUCUCUACGCGCGUCACUGGGUUCAGCGAGGGCCGGUUCUGGACAGACCAGCCGGUUGACGGUUCUGAAAAGCUCGAAAUCAGACGCAAGAUCGAAGAGAUCGAUGGCAAGACUGAUGAGUUGCUGACAAAGUUGAAAGAGGUGGCCGAGAAGCACAAAACACUCACAGCGGAGAUCAAGGAACUUGAGGAGAAGAAGAGCGAUUUAAUGGCGCAGAAGAACCAAUUGCAAGCCGAGUUUACGCAGUGGAACGGCCUGCCGGACAAGAUAGAUGCCAAAGAAAAGGUCCAAGAACGCACCCAGAAGGAGCUUGACGAGGCCAAAGCUCGCAGGGUGGAUCUUAUGAGGCAACUCGACGAUGCCACCGUGGACAUGUCCAAGGCCGUCAUCAAACACUUCGAAACGCUUGGUGCUAUCCGUAAAAUGCGACAAAAACUCCUCGAAGCCCAAGUCUGGGAGCUGGAGGCCGAAUCGGAUGUCAAGUGCCUCAAAGAUAAGAACGCCGAGAUCACAGCCAGACUAGAAGACGAGAAAGCAAAGGUGGAACAGGCUAAGAAGGAUGUCGAGGAGUUUAGACAAACUGCCGGAGAAGCUCAAGACAAGGUCAGCGAGUUCUUGAACGAUGAGAACAGGGUGGCCCUUCUGGCAGCUGCUCGGGACAGGACAGUGGCCGAGUUUGAGGGAUUAAUCACGGCAGAGCAGGCGAAGCUGGAGAUGAUCGAAGCGGGUAACCCCCAGGCGCUGGAAGAGUACGAGCUUUACGCCCAAAAGAUCGAACAGAUUCGCCAUGCUGCGGAAAACCAGGAGACAAGGCUGGCCCAGCUCAACGCCAGAAUCGAGGAGAUCCAGAGCCAAUGGGAGCCCCGCCUGGACGAGCUCGUCGGACAGAUUAAUGAUGCUUUUAGCUAUAACUUUGAGCAAAUCAGCUGUGCCGGCGAAGUUGGUGUCCACAAAGACGCGGAUUUUGACAAGUGGGCUAUCGAUAUCAAGGUCAGAUUCCGUCAGGGGGAGACACUUCAGCGGCUCGACCAGCACAGACAGUCUGGUGGUGAGCGUGCCGUGUCAACCAUUUUCUACCUGAUGGCUUUACAGGCUCUGGCUCAGGCGCCAUUCCGGGUGGUGGACGAGAUCAACCAGGGUAUGGACCCGCGCAACGAGCGUAUGGUUCACGAGAGGAUGGUGGAGGUUGCGUGCCGAGAGCAUACAAGUCAGUAUUUCCUCAUCACACCCAAGCUGUUGUCGGAGCUCCGGUACGAUCCUAGGAUGAUGGUUCAUGUCAUUGUCAGUGGAGAGCGGGUGGAUGAGACGAGCACGACGAAGAUGAACUUCGGCAAGUUUGUACAGAUACAGAAGAGGCUGAAGGCACAGGCAGGGAGGUUGUGAUGAUACCAUAUGCUGAGGAAAUGGGGGCCGGGGACAUCAGUUGCAAGCGUUGCUUUAGGGCAUGACGAUAUUCACAUCAUGUCGACAGCCAGUUGGAAAGAAUGGAAAUCUAGCCGUUUGAUGAUGUCGUGCCCCAGCCACAUCGUGGGCAUACAAUUAGAACAUGGAAAUGUUUACCUAACACGCU